AGGUGCGCCUCGCGGACCGAGCUGUGAUUGGUUGGCCCUCCUGGCAAACGGCACGCGACUAUGGAUGUCGCUAUAAAGAACCCUCGCGUGCCGGUUCUCAACCCAAACUCAAGUGUUGACCGCGAGCGGCGAACACAGAGCAAAGAAAGAAGAGAACACUUGGUCUUUGUUGGCGCCACAACAGAGAUGGACUCUGUGCUGGACCCGUUCUCCGGACUGGACUCGUUCUCCUCCCCUCCCUACUUCGACGAUGACGAGUUUUUCACCGACCAGUCCUCGCGGGACGGACACUUGGACACUGAUGACUUUCUGGACGACGACGUGGACUUCCUCACCAGUCACUUCCAAGACUACUACUGCAAAGACGGCGACGGCAGAGCGGCGCCGCACGACGCAGACUACGACAUCGGCGACUUGUCCUUCUCCUCCUCCUCCUCCACCUUCUCCUACGGCUGCGCCGACAGCACCCCGGACCUGUCCCCGCGUACGGGCCACCACGGCGGGCCGCUGCUGAAGCGCAGGAGGCGGAUGAGGUCCGAGAUGGAGAUGCAGCAGCUGAGGCAGGCGGCCAACGUGCGCGAGCGGCGGCGGAUGCAGUCCAUCAACGACGCGUUCGAGGGGCUGCGCUCCCACAUCCCCACCCUGCCCUACGAGAAGAGGCUGUCCAAGGUGGACACGCUGCGGCUCGCGAUCGGCUACAUCAACUUCCUGGCCGAGCUCGUGCAGUCCGACCUGCCCAUCAGAAACUCCAGCAGCGAGAUGCACGCGCAGCCCAAGAAGGUCAUCAUCUGUCACAGAGGAACAAGGUCUCCCUCUCCCAGCGACCCGGACUACGGCCUUCCCCCGCUGGCCGGUCACUCUCUGUCCUGGUCGGAUGAGAAGCAGCUCCGGGAGCAGAACAUCAUCCGCACCGCCAAGGUCUGGACUCCGGAGGACCCCCGGAAACUGCACAACAAAUCUGGCAUCACGGACAUUGAAAACGAGCCUCCUUUCGGCCUCGUGGCCUGAAGACCAGAGUCCUCCUGCGGACUCGUCCUGUAGGACGCACAGUGUGAAGACCGCGAUGCGGAUCAAACCUCCCGUGUGUCUACGUGCACUUGAAACUGUGAACACCACGUGAUCUGACUCGUUGUAAAUAGUUUUAUCAUGUUGAUAAUUUUAUUUUUUGUAAUUCAGGCAACUGGCAAUCAUGUAUUUAUUUUUUCACAAGUGAUAAUAUAUGUUUUAAUUUAACUGCAAUGAACCAGAGAAAAAGUUAUUUUUAUAUUGUUGUAAAAUGAUUUAUAUUUAUAUAGAUUACAAUCUGAUAAUAAAAGCACCUACAACUUCA